AAAGCCUGGCAAAGAAACUCGCCUCCCGCAGUAUGCUCCCGUUGCUCCACGCCUAACGCUUGUGUAAUCAGUCUGGUAGUCGAAAUUCCACUAAUGACCGCAGAUCCCAGCUCACAAAGGCAGUCGGCCCUCAUGGCUCUCUCGUCUCAGCCCAAACGAGUCCGACACAGAUAUGGUCCCGACAUUCGAAGGAGGCUCGACGCUCUGGGAAACCCCGCACCGACAAUGGAUCUCCCCCCAGAACCUUCCUUCUUCUCCACCAUCACCUCCUGGAUCUCGCAUCGCCUGCGACCUUCUUCCAACGGCGGUGAUACGACCCGUGGAAAAUCCCAGCCCUUCUCGAGACGCAGAGCAGAUCGGCGCCACGCGGACGGAUGCAGCGACGCCGUGUCGCUGCACUCCGUUGGUGACGCUGGGGUCGGUGUUGACGACGACGACGAGCGAAGCGAAUGCUCGUCAUGGACGUCAUAUCCACAUGCCCCGGCGUCAAUUCCCGCUCCAAUUCCUACGAAGAGUUCUAAAGCUCCUUCAAUUCCUACUAGAAGUAGUGCUCCUGCGGAGCGUCACUCGAAUUGGACUCGGUCGAACCGGACGACGGCGAAUCACCAGAAUCUGCGCUCGUCUAGCGGGCAUCUCGCCAAGACGAAGUUCUUCGCAUACCCUGCGGCUUCUGCGCGGGUGUACGACGAAUCGCUCCUGUCGGACGACGAAUCGUUCGCUUAUGGCGGCGGUAACCAGCUGCCCGCUUCGCCGACGAGCACAGCUUCGUCAGACAGUGUUUCCUUCGCUGGGAGAUAAGGGGGCCAUGCGACGUCGUUCGUUCAAUAGCCUCAAAUCCGACAGUGUGAAGCUGCUAGAGCAACCAAGAACACAUGCGUCCUCUGUCCGUGACAGGUCCAUGGCAGAACAGCAGCAGCGGGACAUUCUGCUGGAAUUAUAAGAUAGCCACAGGAAUCCACUUCACGCCAUGCCGUUCUUGGGUCUCUUACAGCAAUCUUGGUUCUAACAGAGCGGACGUUGGAAUGGACAGACACCGGCAAUGAGGCUAGUUUUCUUCUGCCUUUUCCUCACAUAGCAACAGAGGUCCUACUUUUCCUCGUCAUGUGCUCUCGCCCCCCUUUUCCUCGUCGUUGUUCUGUGUUUUUACGUCAUGCAUAAUAUACAUGGAAUGGAAAUGAG